UCAUAAUCUACGAUAUAUUUGAAAUAAAUUGAGUUACAGUUUUGUAGUUCUUAAAUUAAUUCAACUGCAUUGGAUAUCAUAAGCAGUAGUUUAUGUUCCAUAGGUUUAGUAGUAUCUGGUAUGAACAGUACUCACAUUUUUAUACUCGUGUUGCUAUGCGGAACUAUUUGGGCGGUAGAAGAUGGCUCGAACAUGGGCGAGGCUCGGAGGAUUUCACAGGAAGACCCAGCUCCUAGGAGGAUGUUGUUCAAACUGCUCAAGAAAAACGAAACAACUGAGCAACCUCUUGAAAACAUCACUGCUGGAGCACCCCAAUGGAACACAACGCAUAUAUCUCAUGAGGUUGAACAACCACAAGAACAUGCAGCAUCUCAAAAUAUGGAGCACAAAGCACCAAGUAAAUCUGCGGAACCCGUUAAGCUAG